CCCAGAUGUUCUGCCCCAUAGAACGUCAGAGCUAUGGCCGAGUGACCUGAAGGAGGAUUCCAAUUAAUCCGAUUACGAACAGCUUCUGUCAAUCGCGAAACUCGGUGCUAACUAUCCUCCUCCCUAAGCGCUGCCCGGUACCACGUCGCGGGGUUCUAGACGCUAAACCAUUCUGUCUCCUUCAGUCCAGAGAUCUAACACUACAACCCGUGCAUGGCUUGAUAUUGGGUUGGAAGAUAUUCUUACAAUAGUGCUUGGAAACGUCUCCUUGGCAAGCAUGACGGAAUGAUUGUCCUUUCUUUUCUUCCUCUCUUUCUCCUCGUCGCGUGGUCCUCGCUCACCUACGCGACAUCGGACUACCAUGAGAGCCUCACCCUGCAACCAUUGCCGCAGUCAUCUUUAUUAGCGUCCUUCAAUUUCCGAAGCAAUGCUUCUCAGGAGUCCUUUGAUGAGCGAAAUUUCCGCCACUUCCCCCGUGCACUUGGUCAGAUUUUACAACAUGCUCACACCAAGGAGUUACACCUACGAUUCACUACGGGAAGAUGGGAUGCUGAAAGCUGGGGGUCGCGCCCCUGGAAUGGGGUCAAAGAAGGAAACACGGGUGUCGAAUUGUGGGCAUGGAUUGAUGCGGCAGAUGAUCAAGAAGCGUUUGCGAAAUGGAUCACGCUGACACAGUCUCUGUCUGGUUUAUUCUGCGCAUCGCUCAACUUCAUUGAUUCAACUCGGACUACUCGACCAGUUGCGUCUUUCGCUCUCGCCGGAGACCAUUCGGCUUCGAGUAACCUACACCUUUUGCAUGGCACGCUUCCGGGUGAAGUUGUCUGCACAGAGAACCUUACACCCUUUCUGAAACUUCUACCGUGCAAAGGCAAGGCCGGUGUUGCCAGUCUGCUCGAUGGACAUAAGUUGUUUGAUGCGUCUUGGCAGAGUAUGUCGGUUGAUGUACGUCCUGUCUGCUCUCGUCCCGAUGAUUGUGUCGUGCAAAUUGAACAAACUGUGGACAUCGUGCUUGACCUAGAGAGGUCAAAACGGCCUCGGGACAAUCCAAUUCCGCGACCGGUUCCUAAUGAUCAGCUUGCCUGCGACAUUUCGAAGCCGUAUCACUCAGAUGAUACCUGUUAUCCUUUGGAGAAGACCUCCGAAGGCGGCUGGUCUCUAAGUGAAAUCUUCGGGCGCACUGUCAGUGGCGUUUGCCCCUUAGGUGAUAGCCAAAGCUCCAAGGAAACUAUCUGCUUGCGCGUACCCCAUGAGCGAGGAGUUGCUGUCUCUGAAGGUGCGGUUGAGACUCGUAAGCCGGAUGGCUUCACCCGGUGUUACACGCUACAGGACUCCGGCGCAUUUGAUCUAGUCAUGCCGGAGCAAGAAGCCACAACCCAUGUUCCUCUAGAUGAGCCUGUCUUACGUGCGGAACGGACGAUCGUUGGCCACGGGGUGGAACGGGGUGGCAUGCGGAUCAUCUUUGAUAAUCCGUCCGAUACGGACGUAGUUGACUUUAUGUAUUUUGAGACCCUCCCGUGGUUCUUGCGCCCAUAUGUGCACACGCUGCAAGCGACAAUCACUGGACGAGAUGGGGUCCGUCGACAAGUUCCUACUUCACAGCUCAUUAAGGAGACCUUCUACCGCCCAGCGAUUGACAGAGAACGCGGCACGCAGCUGGAACUAGCUUUAUCAGUUCCGGCUGCCUCCAGCGUGACACUUACAUAUGACUUCGAGAAGGCCAUUUUGCGGUACACUGAGUACCCACCGGACGCCAAUCGUGGUUUCAACGUUGCCCCGGCGGUGAUCAAACUUGGUGGACAUGAGAACCCAAUCUACAUGCGCACAACCAGCCUUCUUUUGCCGCUACCUACCCCAGAUUUUAGCAUGCCGUACAAUGUGAUUAUCCUUACUAGCACGGUCAUCGCUCUGGCGUUCGGAAGCAUCUUCAACCUCUUGGUCCGCCGCUUCGUCUCCGCCGAAGAGGCAACCGCACUCACAUCACAGACAUUAAAAGCCCGUCUGGCGGGCAAAAUCGUGGCCAUACGAGAUCGGAUAAAAGGGAAGAGCGCAAAGGUUGAAUAGCCUUGUCACAUAUAGAAUCAAUAAUGCACAUACGUUUAUAUCUUUCUCACUCUUCUUGAGAAUCUACCCCAUGUAUGAUUUCAUUAUAAUACAAGAUCUCAUAAUACUACAAAAACUCCAGUAAACACUUUCCUAACCCUAUACAGUCUCGAUGAUCACUCCA